CAGUCUCCACAUACGACGACGACGAAAGGACAACGAUUCGGAUCCUAAACCACACUUUUUCAGUACUAUAUGAACUCGAUUAUUAUAUAAAAUAUGCCUAAAGUGAUAUCUCGAAGUAUAGUUGUGUCUGACAACAGAGAGAAAGAAGAAUAUGAAAAAGACAGACCGCUACAGACUUACUUUUGCCUAUGUGGUCAAAUGGUUCUUAUCAUAGAUUGUGCAAUAGAAAAGCUUCCUCUAAGAAAGCGAGACAAUGCAAGAGUAAUCGACAGCGCAAAACAUGUCAACAAAAUGACGUGCGAUACUGAUGAAUCCAUUCAUCUCAGAAGACCAAAAGGCAUCGAAAAGCAGUUCAGGAAAAAGUGUAAAAAGUGUGGUCUACUCCUGUUCUAUCAACACGAAGAGAAGAAUGCUAAAGUAACAUUUAUUGUUGAAGGUGCUCUCUUCGAACCGAACAAAGGUCCCAUUAAAGAGCCUCUUGUUAUUCAAAAGAAAAUUCCAAAGAAGGUGAUGUUAACCAAGAAGACAAAGGAGAUGGGAAAGUAUGCAUCAGUGACCGUUUCAACCAUUGAUGAAGAAGAAGAUGAGAUUGAAGCUCGUGAGAUAGCCGAUUCCUACGCCAGCAAUGCAAGAGUAAUUGAGAAACAACUAGAAAGGAAAGGCAUGGCCAAAAGAAAAACAGACGAGGCAUUUAGAGAGGAGUUUGCAAAGAAGGCAAGAACAAAAGGAACGCUGAUUGAUAAAGACCCAUGAAAUCACACCAUCACAAUGAACUGUUUUAGAUCAUGGUGUUAAGAUUUGCUUCAAAUUUACACCAGUACUGCGUCAUCUUUCCAUCAAUGCCUCUUUCUCUGCUUGGACAAAUUGGAACCAAUCAACAGUGACUCAUGUUUUGGGUGUAACCAACUAGUCUGUACCUUUUUUUGCAACUUUUACAACCUUUGGGAUAAUAUUCUUCCUACUUAAAGGGACACAUUGCCUUGGAUAGGUCGAG